UUACAAUAAAGGCUUUUUAAAUCUGAUUAGUAUUUGUACCUGUCUGCAUUAUCAAAUCGAUUUUGAAGUAAUUUAAGAGGUUUUAGUUUUCACCUUGUUUGUGCUUUAAAUUGUGAAAAUGCCAUAUGGAUAAAGACUCUAAAAUAAAACAGGAAUAGAGCGUAAAAGUUUGUUUUUUAUACGUUUUGGAGUAAUGACAUCAUCAAAGAAAUUAUACAUUGCGCUCGACGUCGGUACGAGUAGAAGUGGUUACGCCUACUCGUUUACAAGUAACCCAGAUGACGUCACAUUCAGUUCCUUUUCUGGGGCCACGAAAACACCAACAAGCAUCCUGUUGGAUAAAGAUGGGAAGUUCUCUGGUUUCGGCGUGGAGGCCGAGAAGCGGUAUAUGGAUUCAUGUGACCGUGGUUUCCAGGCGACCUGUACACUCUUCACCGACAUCAAGUCAGCCCUUUCUAACCCAACAUUAAACAAGAAAACACCCGUACAUGACAUCACUGGGUGUAGGAAGCGUUCAGCGUUUGAUCUGUGGACGAUGGCCGUCAAGUACCUAAAGAACCACGUGUUCAAAGCCGUUAACAGCCGCAUGAUUACCCUAGCCGAGGACGAUGCCAGCUUCGUUAUGCUCGUGCCGGGCAUCGCGAGUGAUCGCGCCAAAUGGUUCAUUAGACAAGUCGCUUUAAAUGCAGGGAUAGAUGCAAAUGUUCUGACGCUGGCUUACAAGAGUGAGGCGAGUUCGUUAUGGUGCCAGCGACUCAACGGUGACGGCGACGUUACCAAGCCCGGGACGCGCUACAUGACGUGUAAUAUUGGAGGAGGGCUGGCUGAUGUAAUUGCCCAUGAAACCAUGAACAAAGCUAUUGUUGGCUCGCUUAGCAUUCCUUGUGGUGGGAAAUGGGGAGGCGAGACCGUGGAUGGCUGCUUCAGGUCCUUCCUUGUCAUGUUAUUCGGCUCGUCUGCUAUAGAAACGUUCACGAAGGAAUACCCUGGUCUUUGGUUACGUCUACUGAACGACUAUGAAAUGGAAAAGAUGUUGAUUACAGACAAAAAGGAGGUACAGAUAUCGGUUGAAGUGCCUAAAGCGCUCAUUACAAAAGCUCUGGAGUUCAAGGGACUAUCGUCUGCUUCGGAUUUAGAGGCUUUGAUCAAUUCGCCAAACUUCGGAGGCCAUUUUAAGUUGACAGGUUCAAAACUGGUUGUUGACAGCGAGGCGACAGAAGGGAUGUUUCAAUUCACAGCAAACAGCAUCUGCACUUUGCUGGAGGAUCUUCAGACAAAGAAUCCAGGUCUGCACCGCAUUUUUAUCACCGGAGGUCUUGCAGAGAGUCCAAUUUUAAGAAGGCACAUCACACAAAAGUUCACUAAAGUGAGCAUCAUUUUUCCGGAAGGAGGAAAACAUUUUAGCUUAAAAGGUGCCGUUGUGUUUGCCCAUAAGCCUGCUGUGAUACAGACGAGAAUCAUGCCUCUAACAUACGGUUUGCAAAACACUGUUCCGUACGACGAAACCAGACAUAGAGGAGGUAAAACAGAUACUAUCAACGGAGAGAAAAUGUGUACGAACAACUUCCAUCCGUUGAUUAAGGCAGGGGAGACUGUGAAAUACAAACAACAAAUUGCUGAAGAAGACAAACCGUUGCGAGCUGAGGACAAGGAACAGAGCCUAACAAUUGUUUCUUGCGGUGUGUUGCCCGACUUUUCAUUAUCAUCACAUUGUUCUGUGAGCCAGGAAACAGUCAUCAAGUUUCCGCUUCCGUUUGGAUGUUUAGUUGAAGAUAAAAUAUUUCAGCGUACGUUAAUUGUUGGCGAUACUGAAUUGUACUUUAGAAUUUCAUUUAAGAAGGGAAAAGAUGAAACGUACAUGAAAUACCUUGAAUAUGAAUAAAACCAGCAAGGAGUAAGAAUACACAAUAUACAUGUUAUUAGUUUAAACUUUUGCAACUUAUAUUAAUCACUCUCGUUGGCACGAUGUUACGCGAGAGUGUGGUCUUGUGUUGUGGGCGAAACCGGAGUACCCGGAUGAAACCCACUUGUCCGACUUGGUGACCACUAACCAAACUCACAUGCGCACAGGCGCCAAGGUGAUAAGCAUGUGCACUAUCAACUGCAAUAACCGGACAACUGUUUAUUAACAUGGAUAUUCAUUAAUACACCUUGGACUUGCAUGACUUUAAAAACUGUACAAAAUUUUAUAAUCAUCAAAAUAAAUUGUAUACAUGACAUUGCUAUGAAUGUCCAGGUGUGUAAUUCAAUUUAGUUCUUAAUUAAACCGAAAAACAAUUAAGCUAAUCGAAAUGCUCGAAAUUAAUAACCCAUACAGUGUUUACUGUAUAGUGGUUUCAUUGUGUUUGUAAAUAAAUACGGAAUAUCUAUAUAUUGUAAUAGGCCGGUGGCCUUAUAGCAAAUAAACGUUGUUAUUAUGGAAUUAUCAGAACAUAACUGACCUAUGCAGUAAAAGGAGUCAAAGAUGUACAUAAGAUUGACUUAAGUUGCAUAAUGAUUACCAUCACUGAUUAUGGAACCUUAUUUUGUAUAAAUUAUACUGAAU